AUGACCAAGAAAUAUGUUGAAUUAGUUUCUUGCCUCCUUGUGGCUGAGCAAAAUAAUGAGCUUUUAUUAAAAAAUCAUGAGGCUCAACCAACUGGCUCUGCUCCAUUCCCAGAAGUGAAUGUUGCAACAUAUGAUAAACAAACUAGUGGUUGUGGCUAUGGUCAUGGCCGUGGAAAUAAUCGUGGUCGUGAUCGUGGUAGUAAAGGUAGUUGUGGUCAUAGUUAUAUGGUAAAAAACAGUUUUUCACACCAGAAGUGGAAAAAUAAUGAGAAAAAUAAGAAGGAAAUGGAUGGACAUGGUAACAAACCCGAGGAAAACAAAUGUUAUUGUUGUGGUGGCAAGGGUCACUGGUCAUGUACUUGUCGUACACCAAAGCAUCUUGUUGAACUUUACCAAGAAUCACUUAAUAUGAAGAAAAAGAUAGAGAUACAUUUUGCUUAUGAAGACGGUGAUUCAGAUUAUGAUCGUAUGGAUGUUACUCACUUCGAUGUUACUGAUUUCUUUACUGAUCCAAAUGGAAAAAUUGAUCACCUUAUUGGGGAUGGGAGUGUUCAUAAAUAA